AGUGGUACAGUCCAAAUGACAGCACGACUUGAGCUAACCUUACCACCCGAACAUCGGUAGUCUAUCAGAGUCACAGAUAGCAUUGUUUUCAUCAGGAAUUGCACAUUUUAUUUGUGCCCUUAUACUCUAAUUUUGAACUGUUAAUCGCCAGCAUGUCUGCUCCUAAAAAGGGAGACUUGUCCUCAAGCGAAAAGGAGUUGUUUGAGGUUAUUACGGCAGGAAAUGUUCAAGAGGCCUCAAGGCUGCUAGGCUGCAAGGAUGUUCGAGUCAACUGUUUGGAUGAGUACGGGAUGACCCCUCUCAUGCACGCUGCUUACAAAGGAAAGGCAGACAUGUGCAAGUUGCUGCUGCAACACGGAGCAGAUGUGAACUGCAAUGAACAUGAGCACGGAUACACAGCGCUGAUGUUUGCUGGCCUGUCAGGGAAGACUGAUAUCACAUGGAUGAUGUUGGAUGCGGGGGCGGAAACAGAUGUGGUCAAUUCUGUCGGAAGGACUGCUGCACAAAUGGCUGCCUUUGUUGGACAACACGACUGCGUCACGGUGAUCAACAACUUCUUUUCUCGUGCCAGACUGGAUUAUUACACCAAGCCCCAAGGUUUGGAGAAGGAACCCAAGCUGCCACCGAAACUGGCUGGACCCCUACACAAGGUCAUCAUGAGCACUAACCUGAACCCUGUCAAGAUGGUGAUGCUGGUGAAGGAGAACCCACUGCUGGCAGAGGUGGAGGCUCUGGACAAAUGCCGCAGGGUGAUGGAGCUCAUCUGUGAGAAGUGCAUCAAGCAGCAAGACAUGAAUGAGGUGCUGGCCAUGAAGAUGCACUACAUCAGCUGCCUGCUGGGAAAGUGUGCCUCCUUCCUCAAGGACCGUGAGGACAAGCUGGACGGACUCAUCAAGAGUUUGCUGAAGGGUCGAGACAGCGAUGGUUUCCCCGUCUAUCAAGAGAAGUUUAUCAGAGAGUGCAUUCGCAAGUUCCCAUACUGUGAUGCGACUCUGCUGCAGCAGCUGGUGCGGAGUAUUGCUCCUGUGGAGAUUGGUAACGACCCCACGGCUCUGUCAGUGCUGACUCAGGCCAUCACAGGUCAGGUCGGCUUCAUGGACGCUGAGUUUUGCACUUCCUGUGGAGAGAAAGGAGCAGAGAAGAGAUGUUCCAUCUGUAAAAUGGUGAUUUACUGUGACCAAGCCUGCCAGAAGAUGCACUGGUUCACCCACAAGAAGGUUUGUAAGACGCUCCAAGAGCAGAGAGAGAAGCAAGAGGCUGAAUCAGCCAGACUGAGGAUGCAGCAGAGUAAAGAGGAGAGUAAAGCAGUGCAGGAGGCCACAGAAUCCAUACAGGAGCUCUCAGUGGAGACCAACAAUGAGGUCUCUCCCUCCGACUCUACAGCAGAAACCUCAAACCCCACUUCCAUCCCAGCUGCUGACAACUGAGGAACGUCAGCAUCAGCCACCAUAUUCUCCAGAAUACAUCUAUACUCCACAGACAGAAAGAUCAAACUGGCGGUGAGACUGAAAACCAGACUAGGACUGGUCCAGCCAUAUUUAUUAUUGACCUGAGACUGUCACAAAGGCAGGGAACACUAAAGCAUCUGAGGAGGGUUUGUGCCACAGCGGUCGUGUUUUUGUCAUUUUCUUACAUGUCAGUUUUUCAGAUGACACUGUCAUAUGUGAAUGCGGAAACUGUGUAGGCUGGUGUAUUUGUGGUAGAGGUCACUGGGAGGAGUUGCGGGGAACAUGUUAAGGUUCACAUCCAUGAUUGAACGGAAAUCUGCCUUAAGAAACUGUAGCUACCUGUGUGGGAAAGAAGUGACUGUGUAAUCAGAUCAGAGCUGUUGUUUGUUUGCAGUGUACUUGAUUUGUUUGUUUUUGGGAUGUUUUUUUGUACCAAUAACCUUGUGGUAGAUUGAGUGGAUAGCACGGCUGCACUAUAUUGACCAAAAAUGUAUAUUUUUAAAGAUCAGUAACAUAAACAUAAACUUAUUUUUAGUGUAUCAUGAAAGAUAAUGUUAAUGCUCAGGAUUUUCCAAACUGUAACUUUUUUCCCACUAAAUACUACAUCAUUCGUUGACCAAGCAUUGUUGAAGACAGCACAAGAAACAAUUUGUCCAAGAAAAAAAAUCAGUAAUAUUCUUUCAUUCAUUAUGCAGUUGAAAUGAACAGAGGAGCUGAAGGUAAACGACAUGUCCAGUGAGGCUCAGUUUGCCCUGAAUGACUUCCGAUAUAUCCAAAAACUUGAUCUUAAUCACAUUAAAUAAAGACCAACGUCAUCAUUUUUUGUAGUAGAUUUUCAUACAAAUUUCUUCUUUUUUCUCCAUCUCUCAGAGGUUUAUUCUCUCUGCAGGUGAUCAGUUUUAUUCACUUCACAGUCAGUGGGAGUAAUGUUGUAGCUGAUCAGUGUAUACUGGACUCUUAAUAAUCCACCUUUUGCCCACAUUUGCACUGAUGAUUUUGGAUUGGUCCUUACAUCACCCUUACUGUAUAUUACAAAAAAAUACAUAUAUCUUUAAUGGGUAAUUUUUUCCUCAUAUUCCUGGUGGCAUGUAUUUCUGUGCAGAUGUUUUCUCAGUUUAAUAUACUGGGGGUCAACUGACAAGACCUCUGCUGCCACCCCAGUAAAAGUAAGGUGAACAGACCUAAAGCUGUAAUGAUGAAGAAUUUUAUAUUUACAAUCUAUCAGUGACUGCAUGAGACUGAAGUUGCACACAGGUUCAAACUGCUUUCUGUGAAAAGAACAUGCUGUUUUUUUCUGGAUAAUUCACAGAUGGUAGACUACACUGAUUGUAAUGGAGCUUUUUGAGCAGACCACAGAAAUGUUGAUACAGUGGGAGACAUUUUAUAAUGACUGAACUGUGUGCAGAGGAAAUAAGAAACUCAAAAGUAUGAGAAACCAGCUGCCAUCGUCCUCUCUUCUUGUGGUCUUAUGUUAUUCGUCUGCCGAAGGCCACAGACUGGAGGACACGAUGACUGUCCGGGCUGUGUGUCUGGAGGGACCUCCUCCUCUCUGCUAGCUUCACUUCUAAACGCAUAUCAGACAAAAUGUAACAGCAAAUGGUAACAAAGACCAUAAAGAGGAGAUGAGUGUGAUUUCGUAAUAGCAAAGUGUCUAAAUGUCUUCAUAUUUUACCUUUCCUAUCUAAGACCUGGAUAGAAGGCAGGCAGUGGAUCACAUGGUAGCGAUACCCAGGUUCGUGGGAAAUGGGAUUGAGGAAGAAAGCUGCAAAAAAAACCCUCAAUUUAAGAAAAAAAAUACAAAGACAAACAUACAGUCUCAUGUUGUACAUUGGUGUAUUUGGGUCAUUGAAGAAAAAACUCUGAAUUUAUGCCAUUAAAGCAGUAAAUUUAUGAA